AUGGAGGAAGCCGCAAGCGCCGCAAGUGCCAGAACGCCCGUUCAACAGCCACCGCAGGCAUCCCCUGCAUCGCAUCCGUCAUCCCUGUCACCGCCUGGCUCACUGCUGUCAGGAACACCACCUACGUUGCAUUCGCCAUCCGCAUCGAAUUGCGAUCGCAGAUCAGUUGGAUAUGUAAACGCAAACCCGAGGCUUAUCGCAUCGGCAUCGCAAUGGUCACCAUCACCACCACCACUACCACCCAGACGUGCCCGACCACCACCACCACCACCACGCUCUCCCGCCUCACCAACUCCAACACCACCCUCUAUCACCUCAUCCUGCCAUGUCCGCCACCUCCAUCACUGGCAGCAGCAGCAGCAGCAAGUCAGAAUCAUCCAUUCAGGUGCCUUGCAUGCCUGA